GAAACACAUGAGGAGCAUGAUACUUCUACUGAAAAUGCAGAUGAUUCUAACCAUGAUCCUCAGUUUGAGCCCAUAGUUUCCCUUCCUGAGCAAGAAAUAAAAACUCUGGAAGAGGAUGAGGAAGAACUCUUUAAGAUGCGAGCAAAACUAUUCCGAUUUGCAUCUGAGAAUGACCUUCCAGAAUGGAAAGAACGAGGAACUGGUGAUGUAAAACUCCUGAAACACAAGGAGAAGGGAACAAUUCGCCUCCUUAUGAGGAGGGAUAAAACCCUAAAAAUCUGUGCAAACCAUUAUAUCACACCCUUAAUGGAGCUGAAGCCUAAUGCUGGGAGCGACAGGGCAUGGGUCUGGAACACGCAUGCUGACUUUGCAGAUGAAAGCCCCAAGCCUGAACUUCUGGCAAUCCGAUUUUUAAAUGCAGAGAAUGCACAGAAAUUCAAGGCAAAGUUUGAAGAAUGCAGGAAUGAAGUAGACAAGAGAGCAAAGAAAGCAGGCACAGACAAAAAUGAUAGUGCUGAUAAAGUUGCUGAAAAACUAGAAGAGCUUUCUGUAAAGGAAGAGAGCAAAGAAUCUGAGAAGAAAGAGACCAAGGAAAAAACUGAAGAAAAGCAAUAAAUCAUCCUGGGCCUUGCAGUUUUUUCUUUACUUUUUUUCUUUCUUUCUUUCUUUUUCUUUUUAUUUUUAAUUUUUACAAGGGACUUUAUAAGGAACUGAAUUCAAUGUUCAGGUUGUUUUUUCUAAGCUUUUGCCCUUUUGAAGAUGUCUUCAGAAAAUCCAUUCCCCAGUCAUGAAAAUGUACUGUGCUAACUUUCUUUUCCAUAGUGGAAACACUUAUUUAUAGUCAUCCAAAAGAGUGAAUAAAACAAACUUGAAA